AUGAAAAAGGCUACUGAGUUGCAUAACUUUUUCAGCACCCAGAAAGUUGCAUUCCUAGGGGACUCGAUGUCGGGUAAAAGCAGUUUGAUCAAUUCCUUGCUUGAUUUCCCAAGGCUGGCUGCAGCUGAUGAUUUCGGUUCUGCGGUGACAUCAAUCGUUACUGAGUAUAGACAGAAAAGACCCAGUCAAACUCAGCGUAUUCAAGUGGAAGUUGAGUAUUUCCAUGGAGUUACUAUGGAGGCGCAUAUCAUGGAGCUGCUGUGGAGUUCCCGACGUGUUUUUCUUCCCAAUGUUGCGCAAAACUCGUUGAGUGCUGCCGACUGGAACGAAAUCAAAGAAAAAUCAAAACAAGCUUGGUCUGCUCUACAGUCUGCAUUUGGAAGCCAGGUUGGCUUUAGCAAACGUUUUCUUUCAGAUCAAUCUGAGGGGGCAUUUGAAAGAAUAACGGAGCAGCUGAUCCGUUGGUCGAAGACAAUUCCAUGGCCCACCAGUGCAGAUGAUGGGAGGUGGGUGGCAUUUGCAGAAACCGCGGAAGAGCUACUCGAUAAAACGAGUGUGUUCACAAAGACACAAGUCUGGCCCUUUACAAAAAUCAUGCGGAUAUAUGUUGAUGCUCCAAUUCUGAAAGCAGGCUUUGUGAUUGCAGACUUGCCUGGUCUUCUUGACAAAAACCUCGCAAGAGUUCAAGCAACUCAAGAUUAUAUUUCAACAUGCGACCGUGUCUUCCAUGUUGUUGAUAUACGUCGAGCAUUGACCAGUCAGUCUCUUGAGUCGGCCUUGAACAUGACGGCUCCCUCUCCUUCAGCAAAUGAAGAGGAGCCUACGAACAGAUGGUCGCAGUCUGCAGUUAUUUGCACCAUGUCAGAUGAAAUAGACGAAAUUGGAGCCGAAAGGCACCUUCAAUCCUCGGGAAGUGUAAAGACCUUGAUGACAAUGGAAACUUUGGACGAGGAGAUUCGAAAAGCAAAUCUUGAAGAAGAUUCAAGUCAACUGAGAAAGCUCCAGUCAAAAAAGAGAACGCUCCUCAUCCAAGCGCGAAACGAACGUGUUGAAAAUGGCCUCAAGACAACAUAUAACAGCUCCAAAUCAGAUGAUCUGCAAGUCUUUUGCGUUUCAAACGUAUUUUAUAGCAAGUGCCGCUUUCAAAAGUCAGAUCCAACCGUCCUGAAUCAACUUGAAGACGCUCUGAGUAAUAUUCCUGCUUUGCGAAAGUUUUGCUACUCUACCCUUGCAAAUUCGAGGCUGCAUGAAGCUAAAAAUUUCAUUCUUUCUGCGCUGCCAAGCUAUAUUGCUUCCAUUUGUCUGCACUUUCAACCACUGGAAAGUGGGCCCACAUGCUCUCUCGAUGAAAUUCUCAAAGAGGUCGACUUGAACAAAGAAUCUAUAUUGAAUACCAUUCAUUACUCCAGAAAAAAGGUGAAUGAGCUAUUUGAAAUGCGGAUCAAUGGGCACUUCAAUCGCUAUCGGGAAACUUGGCAAAAGGAAGCAAUACAAAAGGGAGAAGAAUGGCUUUCAAUGCCGGCGGUGGAGUAUCAAGCUUUUUGUCGCAAAAAUGGCAAACAUGUGGACAUCUGGGAUGAGCCUGUUGAUUGGAACAGCGAAUUGAUAGGUAUAAUCCAGCCGGCCCUCGGGUCUGUGUGGAACGACCUAGAGAAAGAUGUCUCCUCCUACACUUCAGUGCUUCACAGAGACCUUGAUAAAAUUUUUGCAGUACUGAAAUACAGUUUGAGCCUGAAAAACUUCCCAUCAUUUUUAAUCGAGAGCAUUUCGUGGCGCGAGCAAGAGAUCAGACAAGCCAUUGAGAAAUCUUGGGGAGAGCUGAGAAGGGAAAUGCAGAGCAUACGUGCUAAGGCUCUAGGGUCAAACGAGAACUCGUUUAUACUGCGAGCAAUGCUCCCUGCGUAUCGCGCUGCAGCUUCUUUCGAUGGAAAUUUCAAAGGCAAAGAAUUGCAUGAAAAGGUUCAAGGCCGAAUCAAGGACAGCAUGCUUUUCCAAGAUAUGGUCUCGGCGGCUUCAUCCGAGAUGCACCUUGCAUCGCAAAGACUUGAAGAACGACUGAAAACAGAUAUUGCCAAAGAUAGAUUUUCCGCUAUAGUUGGGGAUGUCUGUUCAGUUUAUUCUACAAUCACUUUGGCGAAGACUGAUGACGAAGAGGAGAAACAGACAUCGGAGGAGACCAUGUCCUUGGAAAGUCUCAAAUUUAAGUGUCGGGGCUUGAAGGCGCGGCACAACUACAUUGCUAAAUUCAUGUAUUUGUAUUAG